UUUGGCUAUAUAUUUUGGCGACUUUAAAUCAAUCCGGCAAUUGGUAUUAUUUAUUUCGUUGUAUUGUUCUAGAAUAGUCAAUUUCAUUUUUGAAUUUAUCACGUGUGCAUGACAGCAUCAUGAUUAUUUUGAAGAUUCUGAGCAGUCCGGCGACCCAAAUUUCACUAAAAUCUGUCGGUAAACCACUUUUGAGCAAAGUCUCUCCGUUUGUAAUCCGAACGCAAUGUCUGGCAGACAGCUCGAGAUCGGCAUUCAGGAGGGCUGGUAUUGGAGUCCGACGAAGAACUAUGAAAGAAACCCUACUGCAACCAGCUGGUGAUACUGCUUUCGAUCUUGGAAAAGGAGUUGUUGCCGGAGCAUCAGUAUUUGGAUUAGGAGCACUUUGUUACUAUGGUCUUGGACUAUCUAAUCAACCUGGAGCUAUAGAUCAAUCUGUUUUAUGGCCGUCUUAUGUAAAGGAACGUAUUCGAGACACGUACAUGUACUUUGGUGGAAGCAUUGCCUUAACUGCUGCAUCUGCUGCUGCUGUUUUUCGUUCUCCUGUCCUCUUCAGAUUGGUUGCAAGCAAUUCCUGGCUGGCAAUUGGUGCUUCAAUUGCUGCAAUGAUUGGGAGUGGAAUAAUUGUUCGAUCAAUACCCUAUUCUGAAGGUCUGGGAGUUAAACAGUUAGCCUGGGCUGCUCAUAGUGGUAUUAUGGGAGCAGUAAUUGCACCACUUUGUCUGUUGGGAGGUCCUCUGUUAAUUAGAGCAGCAUGGUACACUGCUGGUAUUGUUGGUGGAUUAUCUACUGUUGCAGUUUGUGCACCAAGUGAAAAAUUUUUAAACAUGGGUGGUCCCUUAGCAAUUGGUUUAGGAGUUGUGUUUGCAGCAUCGUUAGGUUCAAUGUUCCUUCCUCCAACAACUGCUCUGGGAGCGGGAAUCUAUUCUAUUAGUCUUUACGGAGGAUUGCUUCUCUUCAGCGGAUUUUUGCUAUUUGACACUCAAAGAAUCAUUAAGAAAGCCGAGAUGUAUCCGAUGUACGGAAUGAAACCUUUUGAUCCGAUUAAUGCGUCCAUUUCUAUCUAUUUGGAUACAAUCAAUAUUUUCAUUAGAAUUGCCACAAUUUUAGCGGGAGGAGGAUCUCGCAAAAAAUAAGUUGGACCAUUCUUUACAAGAUACUAUUUAUUUCAUAUAUAGUGCAAAUUCUGUAUAUAAAAAUUUAUGUAGUUUAUACAAGAAUAAAUAAAUCAUCGUGGUGCAAAACUAA